AGAUGACUCGUUUUGUCAUUCUGAUCUUUGCAGCUGGAAUCUUAGCCCUGGCAGGGGGAACUCCCCAGAUUCUGGAGGAACGGAAUGCCGAUCCAUGCUAUAACUACCAAACGCUGAGUGAGGUAUGGAGGAAUGUCAACCACGGCGUAAACGAUCCACCUGAGUGCGACAGAGGCAUGAACGGGGAGUGGUACCGCUUCGUGGGUGCAGCAGGAGACCGCAUGCCCACACAGCGGCCACCCUCCACACACAGAUGUGGCGCUCAUGCUCCAUUUUGGAUGAAUGGUGCACACCCUUCUGUGGCCGACGGUGUGGUGAGCCGUCAGGCGUGUGGCUACUAUUCAAGCGAUCCUUGCAGGGCAACAAUGAUUAUCCAGGUCAAGGCUUGCAGUGGCGGAUUUUAUGUGUACCAACUACCAUCAACCUCCUGUUAUUAUGUGUACUGUGGAGACAUCAAUGAAUGCGCUACCGACAACGGAGGCUGUUCUCACCAGUGUGUCAACACACAAGGGUCCUACAACUGUGCAUGUCCGGAUGACGGACUUACCCUUGGGCCGGACGGACAUUACUGCACAGUCCACGGUGCGGUUAUCGACUGUACCAACGACUACAUGCAAGUCGAACUGCCGCGUGAGACGGUGGGAAACCUGGACGCUAAACACCUGCACUGGGAGCCGGACCGGAGGUGCGGGGCUACGGCUAACGGGACACACAUCCGGCUGCGUACCGGGCUGUACGAGUGUGGCACACAGGUGGAGUUUACUCCGGAUGACGUCAUCUUUUCCAACCGCAUCGUUACCCAUGGCAACUACACCGCCAUGUUGGAUGGCGUCAUAACCAGAGGUGGUGACGUCGACAUCCCGGUCAGGUGUGUGUACCCCCGGAAAGAACUCGUCCACACCAGUUUCCAGCCGGCCGUGCGGACGCUAAGCUUCACUGAGCGGGGAGUCGGCACCCUGACUCUCCGCCUGGACGCCUUCCGGACCCAACAGUUCCUGCAGCCGUACGGAGAGGCAGACUUCCCGCUCAACAUGGCUCUACGGUCCGACAUGUUCCUACAGCUACAGGCUGAGGGGCAUCAGCAGGAUGAUGAACUGUCUGUACUGGCCGAGAGUUGUGUGGCCACUCCCUCCAUGAACCUGAAUGACCAGCAUCAAUACGUUCUGGUGGAAAACGGAUGUCCCAAGGACGCGACGUUCCAAAGCUUCUCCAGUCCGAACCCAGCCGUCCAGCGUUUCGGCUUCCAGGUCUUCCGCUUCGUUGACGACCAGCCCGUGGUUUAUGUGCAUUGUGAGGUCGUUGUUUGCAACGCUACCGACCCGAACUCGCGGUGCGCCCAGGGCUGCAUUAGCAAUGCCAGGAGCAAGAGGGCGCUUCAGAUGACCGGUCGCCACUUCAUCUCCCAAGGACCUCUGGUGUAUGGCGGGAACGUAGAGAAGGGGUGGGGCCCUGUGACACCAAGCCUAGUGGCUGUGGGAGGGCUCCUGUGCUGCGUGCUGUUCACGGCGGUGGGUGUGGCCAUCGGGAAGCGUCAGCGCCGCCCGCGGUACAGCGCCGUCCCCUCCACCGACCAGGAGUGAUCCACACUCCCACGGGCACGGCAAGAUGCCACGCAAGCUUAAGACAGCAGAUUGUCUUCAACGCUACAUAAUUAGACACUUUGUAGUUUAGAUGCAAUAAGAAAAUAAAUGUUUAAAGCGCAUGAACCACAACUGUUUUGGUCUUAUUUGUGUCAUGUAGUAGCUGAUUUUAUUCAAUGCCUUGUGGAUAAGGAUAGUGCGUCUAGUAAUGUUUUAUAAAAAGCGAAAACCCAACUUUCAUUAUCCACCUAAAACUGCUCAAUGCAAUGUCAGUCUUUACACCUGUGUUUGUCAGUAGUACAUUCAUUUUGCGUUUAAAAUUAGGAAAAGUAAAGAAAGAGAUAAAAUCAUUAACAAACUAUUAUUUUCAAACUUCACCUUGUCUCGUCGUCAUCUUGAGGGUCAGGGACUAUAUGUUAGCAUGGUUAAAUGUUUAGAAACAUCCUAGUUCUAGUUCAACUUCUAGCGGGAUACUCAAGAGAAGCUAAAGCUGGGGAAUCUAUUAUAGUAGCAAUGGUAGCAAGACAAUACAUUUCAUAACAAGCAAUAGACAUCUUCCCUCCAUGAACGAGGUUGGUGUUGUGUACAAACAAACCACCCCAU